UUUCGGCCGACCGGUGUUUUUUGCUACUGUCCGAUCCGAAUUCUCUCCAUUAUGUGCGACAAGGAACCAGGCAAGAAUUCCCCGACUCGGAAUGCACCUCGGCCUCAACAGCACACCCUGUCCCUUAUUUAAAUGGCAACAGGGGUGGUCUUCUCAUUGCCCGGUCCACUGGGUCGGUCUUUUUGCUGUUUGUUGUUCGAUGGCACUCAAUCUUAAUACUUCGUGACCCCUCGUCUCUCUUCUUUGCCCGGUGCACAUCUGAUCGUUCUCCUGGCCAGCCAACUUUGCUCCCAAAAGAAAGGAUUGCCUAUUUUGGCACCAGACAGCAACAUCGCUCGCCCGGUUGUUGUUUUCUUUCUGGCAACCCGCGCGAUAAUUCCAAUUUGGAGCUUGGCGGAGUUCGAGGUUUACCAGGACCACCCUCACCACUUUGCUUACUUAUGCUUAAACUGUAAGCCUUGGCAAUCAACUCUUUCUUGCCUCGCUCGGCCAAGUUAGUACCAUUGGCAUUGGAACAACGACAACAACGGCCAACAUGGAACCUUCAGAAAAGCGCCUCGGGGACGCCCCCGAAGCUGUUGUAGCCUCUCAGACUCCUUCCAACCGCAGCCGCGGUGGCUCAGAAUCCAGCAGUAAACAACAAAAGGAUGAUCUCACCAAGGCCGACUCCAAAGUGUUAAAACCAACCGCAGACGCCGUCGCCGAUCCCGAUGACAUAUACAAGCAUCUGCCUCCGCAUGUGGCCGAAAUCCUCAAGCGCCAGGUCGACACGCCGUCCGUCAAGGUCGGCCUCGCGACCCUCUACCGCUAUGCAUCGCGUAACGAUCUGAUCAUCCUGAGCAUCUCGCUCAUCUGCGCUGUCGCAUCCGGUGCUGCGCUUCCCUUGAUGACUGUUAUCUUUGGUAACCUCCAGGGCAGUUUCCAGGACCGGUUCCUGGGCGUUACCUCCUACGACGAGUUCAUGCAGACCAUGACAAACUUGGUCUUGUACUUUGUCUACCUGGCCAUCGGCGAGUUCAUCACAAGCUACAUCGCCACUGUGGGCACCAUCUACACAGGUGAACGCAUUAGCGCAAAGAUCCGGGCGCACUACUUGGAAAGCUGCAUGCGCCAGAACAUUGGUUUUUUCGACAAACUGGGUGCUGGUGAGGUUACCACACGCAUUACUGCCGACACCAACCUUGUUCAGGAGGGUAUCUCGGAAAAGGUCGGCUUGACAAUUGCGGCUGUGGCGACUUUUGUUUCUGCCUUUGUCAUCGGUUUCGUCAUGUACUGGAAGUUGACCCUGAUCUUGACUUCGACCUUUUUCGCCCUCAUUUUCGUCAUGGGUGGUGGCUCCGCGUUUAUCGUCAAGUUCAGCAAGCAAACUAUCGACUCCUAUGCCGAGGGUGGCAGCGUGGCUGAGGAGGUCAUCAGCUCCGUCCGCAAUGCCGUUGCCUUUGGUACCCAGGACCGCCUCGCGCGCCAGUACGACUCCCACCUGGUCAAGGCUGAGGGUACUGGAUUCAAAGUCAAGGCCUCUAUCGGCAUAAUGGUUGCAGGUAUGAUGUCAGUUUUGUACCUGAACUAUGGUCUGGCCUUCUGGAUGGGUAGCCGGUAUCUGGUCGACGGCGUCAUUCCUCUCUCUAAGGUCCUUACUGUCAUGAUGAGUGUCAUGAUUGGUGCCUUCAACAUUGGCAACGUUGCGCCCAACGUCCAGGCCUUUACCACAGCUCUAGGUGCGGCCGCCAAGAUUUACACCACCAUUGACCGCCAGUCUGUCCUGGAUCCCACUUCAGACGAAGGCGAGAAGAUCGAGAACCUCAAGGGCACUAUUUUUUUGGAAAACGUCAAGCACAUCUACCCCUCGCGGCCCGAAGUCGUUGUCAUGGAGGAUGUGACCCUCGAGAUCCCUGCUGGCAAGACAACUGCUUUGGUUGGAGCCUCGGGCAGUGGCAAGUCUACCAUUAUCGGCCUUGUUGAGCGUUUUUAUCAACCCGUGGGAGGCAAGGUUUACCUGGACGGUAAAGACAUUAGCACGUUGAACCUCCGCUGGUUGAGACAAAACAUUUCGCUAGUAUCCCAGGAGCCUAUCCUGUUUAGCGUAUCGAUUUACGAGAACAUUAAGCACGGUCUGAUCGGCACCAAGCACGAAAACGCGGAACCCGAGGUCCAAAAGGAGCUAAUCAUCGAGGCUGCGAAGAAGGCCAACGCCCACGAGUUUAUCAGCACCCUUCCCGAAGGCUACGACACCAACGUCGGCGAGCGGGGUUUCCUUAUGUCUGGAGGCCAGAAGCAGCGUAUCGCCAUCGCCCGCGCCAUCGUUUCUGACCCCAAGAUUCUGCUCCUCGAUGAAGCCACAUCUGCUCUGGAUACCCGCUCCGAAGGCGUGGUGCAAGCCGCUCUCGAGGUCGCCGCCGAGGGAAGGACAACCAUCACGAUCGCACACAGACUUUCUACCAUCAAGGAUGCGCACAACAUUGUCGUCAUGUCUGAGGGCCGUAUCGUCGAACAGGGCAACCACAACGACUUGCUUGAGAAGCGUGGAGCAUACUACAACCUCGUCACAGCUCAGGAGAUUGCCAAAGUCACCGAGCUGAGUCCAGAGGAAGAGGAGGCCAUCAACGAGAAGGAGGAGGUUCUGAUCCGCAAGGCUACCAGCAACAAGGAGAGCGGCAGCUUCAUCCCCGACCCCAACGACAAGCUGGCUACCAAGAUGGAACGGACAAAAUCGGCUUCGAGCGUCGCGCUUCAGGGCCGCUCCAAGGACGCCCCCAAGAAGUACACCCUGUGGACCAAGAUCAAGCUUAUUGCCUCGUUCAACGCGCCCGAGUGGAAGCUCAUGGUUAUUGGCCUACUCUUCUCUAUUAUCUGCGGUGGCGGUAACCCUACGCAGGCCGUCUUUUUUGCCAAGCUGAUUACAUCCAUGUCGGUCCCCGUCAACGAGCAGACGAUCCCUGGCAUCCAAAGGGACGUUUCUUUCUGGUGUCUCAUGUACCUUAUGCUUGCCAUUGUUCAGUUCAUCGCCUUCUCGAUCCAGGGCAUUCUCUUUGCCAAGUGCUCGGAGCGUCUGAUUCACCGUGUCAGAGACCGGGCCUUCCGCACGAUGCUUCGCAUGGACAUUGGCGAGUUCGAUAAGGAGGAGAACACUGCCGGAGCCUUGACGUCGUUCCUCUCGACCGAGGCCACGCACGUUGCCGGUAUUAGCGGUGUCACACUCGGCACAAUCCUCAUGGUCAUCACCACUCUGGUCAGCGCCUUCACGCUGAGUUUGGCUAUUGGCUGGAAGUUGGCUCUUGUGUGUAUCUCGACCGUCCCCGUCCUUUUGGCUUGUGGUUUCCUCAGGUUCUGGAUGUUGGCACACUACCAGCGCCGCGCCAAGCGCGCCUACGACAACUCGGCCUCGUACGCAUCCGAGGCUAUCACCGCCAUCCGAACCGUUGCCUCCCUGACUCGUGAAAACGACGUUCUUAAGCGUUACCAGAACUCUCUUGACGAGCAGGGGCGUGCAUCGCUCCAGUCGGUCCUCAAGUCCUCCACCCUGUAUGCCGCCUCGCAGUCGCUUACAUUCCUGGUGAUCGCCCUCGCAUUCUGGUAUGGUGGUAGCCUUCUGGGUCGUGGAGAGUACGGCAUGUUCCAGUUCUUCCUCGUCUUCAGCGCCAUCAUCUUUGGUGCGCAGUCGGCGGGUACCAUGUUUGCCUUCGCCCCUGACAUGGGCAAGGCUGCACACGCUGCGGAGCUGCUCAAGACGCUGUUCGACCGCAAGCCGACCAUUGACACCUGGAGCACCGACGGCGAGCGGAUCGGCGAGGUCAAUGGCACCAUCGAAUUCCGCGACGUCCACUUCAGAUACCCGACCCGCCCUGAGCAGCCCGUGCUCAGGGGUUUGGACCUCACGGUGCUGCCCGGCCAGUACGUGGCGCUUGUGGGCGCCUCUGGAUGCGGCAAGUCGACGACCAUUGCGCUGCUGGAGCGCUUCUAUGACCCUCUCGUUGGUGGCAUCUACGUCGAUGGACGCGAGAUCAGCUCGCUCAACGUCAACGAUUACCGCGCACGGAUCGCGCUCGUGUCGCAGGAGCCGACGCUCUACAGCGGUACUAUCAAGGACAACAUUCUACUCGGCACCUCGGGUCAGGUCACGGACGAGGCGGUCGAGUAUGCCUGCCGUGAGGCCAACAUCUACGACUUCAUCCUGAGUCUGCCCGAGGGCUUCAACACGGUCGUCGGUAGCAAGGGUGCGCUGCUGUCUGGUGGACAGAAGCAGAGAAUUGCGAUUGCGAGGGCGUUGAUUCGCGAUCCCAAGAUUCUGCUCCUCGAUGAGGCAACCUCUGCCCUUGACAGCGAGAGUGAAAAGGUUGUCCAGGCGGCGCUGGACAAGGCCGCCAAGGGCCGGACCACCAUCGCGGUCGCGCACCGUCUCAGCACAAUCCAAAAGGCCGACGUCAUCUAUGUCUUUGACCAGGGCCGGAUAGUCGAGCGGGGCACGCACUCGGAGCUCAUGAAGAAGAACGGGAGGUACGCCGAGCUCGUGAACCUUCAGAGCUUGGAGAAGAGGUAGAGAGAUCUGUCGGAUUCUCUGUCUCGUUUAUUUCAAUCAUUCAUCUCAUCCCAGCGGCUCCAUCUAUUCGUUUUUUACAUGUCAAUAUCUCCUUGUAUUUCACACAUCCGCGCUCAGGUGUGGCGUUCUCUUCUUGUGUUUGAUAUUGCUAAAGAUACCUCUAUCGCUACAUCUCUUAAUGACUCUUUUAUUAUUUCUUGUUUCUAUGGUUGUCUCCUUGUUUUCCCCAAUCUCCACUUACUCGUUGCUGCCCAGAAGGAGCGCAUGUGGUAACUUAGAGUAUUCUAUUUUUUUACGGCGUUCACGAUAAACGUUUCAUUUCCCUACUCUCUAGGGAAUGUCAACAGGCAAUUUACAAGAUAUAGAGAGCUACAACAGAAUAGAUCCAAUGCUUGUGGCGCCAGAAGACAGCCUUUUCUUUCUCA